GUGCCAUCUUACUGUUCAAGUGAAACAUUUAAAGUGAAAAACAAAGCCGAUAUCAACAAGAUUGUGGACUGUGUCACUGUACUUGGAGACAUUGAAGUAUUUGAGUUUGAGGAUGCAUUGAUUCAGUUUGGGUCAAUUCAAAAUAUUGUUGGUUCCUUAAUUAUUAAAAAAUCCCCUAACUUGGUUAGAAUUGAAGCCCCUAAUGUGACAUCCAUAGGUAAGAGUUUUUCAUUGAGAGAAUUAACUUCCUUGUCACUAAUAUCAUUCCCAUCACUAAAUUCUGUUAAAAUAUUGGAUUGGAAAGUAUUACCAAUUCUAAGUAACGUAAAUUUCAACAAUGUUAUUGAAAAUAUUGAAAGCAUUGUUGUUUCAGAUACUUCAUUGGUUGGAUUUUCUGGUUUUAUGGUUGAUAAAUUAGAAAUGCUUGAUAUAAGCAAUAAUAGGUUCUUAGAUACCAUUACUUCUAAUGUUGAAAAGAUUAAUGGGAAAUUGCAUAUAGCUGCCAAUGCAAAAGAUGUAAACGUGAAUUUGCCAAAAUUGAAAGCAGUCAGCAAUGUAAGUAUUCAUGAUGUUGCAAAUAUUGAUUUAGGAAGUUUGGAAGAAAUUACAUCUUCUGCUAGUAUUAGCAAUAAUUUUUUCAAUAAUUUGAAAUUACCAAAAUUGAUGAAUAUCGGAGGAACUUUAAAUUUACAAAAAAAUGAAAAGCUUUCACAGGUUGAAUUUCCAAACUUGAAUGAGAUUGGGGGUGGUUUAAUGAUUGUGAAUAAUACCCACCUUGAAAAAAUCAAUUUUUUCCCCAAGCUUAACUCUAUCGGUGGAGCACUUGACUUAGUGGGUAACAUCAAAGAGGCUAGUCUAAAAAAUUUAAAGUUAGUUAAGGGAAGUGCCAGACUUAAAUCUAUGGCCAGUUCAUUUGACUGUGCCAAAUGGACAAGAAGUGAAAUAAGCUCAGUUAUUAGAGGGGGUAAGAUUGAAUGUACCAAUUCCAAAAAUGAAAAUAUCCUGACUGAUACUUCUACUGAUGGAAUAUCUAAAGAUAACCAU